AUGGCGCCGCGAGGCAACCAGAUGUUGGGCAAUGCCCAUUUCCGUAAGCACUGGACGAAGCGCAUAAAGACCUGGUUCAACCAACCCGGCCGUAAGCUGAGAAGACGUGAAAACCGUCAGAAGAAGGCUGUUGCCAUAUCUCCUCGUCCAAUUGCUGGCCUACUCAGCAACCUUAUGACCCUAUAA